AGGGCCCCGCUUGCCAGCCCGGCCGGGCCGCCCAGACCCGCGCUCCCUCGCACCCGGCACCCGAUGGCCCGGCUCGACUUGCGGGCCGGCGUCCAGACGCUGUCCAUCCUGCACUGGAUCCCCUUCUACGUUUUGCUGGGGGCCACCUCCAUCCUUUUGGGCCCCUACAUCCUGCUGUUCACCGAUUACUGGAUGCUUUCCGUACUCGGCCUUGUCUGGUUCUGCUACGACUGGAAAACUCACAGCCAAGGGGGCCGUCGUUCCCGUUGGAUCCGGAGCUGGUCACUGUGGAAAUGCUUCCGGGACUAUUUCCCCAUCAGGCUGGUUAAGACCCACGACCUGGAUCCCGGGCCCAACUACCUCAUCGCUAACCACCCGCACGGCAUCUUCUCCUACGGCGUCUACUGCAACUUCGCCACCGAGGCCACGGGCUUCUCCCGCCUCUUCCCGGGCAUCACCCCGUCCCUGGCCACCUUGGAAGGGAUCUUCUGGAUCCCCCUGGUCAGGGAGUACGUCAUGGCCAAAGGCGUGUGCCCGGUGAGCAGGUCGGCCAUCAUGCACCUGUUGACGCGGAACGGGCCGGGUAACGCGGUGGUCAUCGUCGUGGGCGGCGCCUCGGAGGCCCUGCUCUGCCGGCCCGGCGCCGCCUCCAUCAUCCUCAGCAGACGCAAGGGCUUCGUGCGCCUGGCUCUCUGCUCCGGUGCCCACCUGGUGCCCUCCUAUUCCUUCGGAGAAAACAACUCCCACGAGCAAGAGCUGUACUCCGAGAAGUCCCAGUUCGGCUACUGGGUCCAGCGGGCCUUCAAGGAACUCCUGGGUCUCUCCCUGUGCGUCUUCCACGGCCGCGGAUUCACGCGACGCUCGUGGGGCUUGCUGCCCUUCAACAGGCCCAUCACCACCGUCGUGGGGGAGCCCCUGCCGCUCCCCAAGGUGGAGAACCCCAGCCAGGAGAUGGUGGACCACUACCACGGCCUCUACGUGGCCGCCCUGAGGAGGCUCUUCGACCGGCACAAGGCGCAGUACGGGGACUCGGACGCCCAGGAGCUGACCAUCCUUUGACACGACGCUCCGGGGCCGG